AUGCAGCCACUACCAAAGCAGGUGCAGCAGUCAAACAUCCACCGCCAUGACUCGUUGACCUUCUACCCAGCGUACUGCUUCCAGGCCUCGGACACGUACACCAAAUGGGUCAAGCUGACUGCAAAUCACAUUCAUUCGACCCUUCGACCUCAUGAGAAAUACAUCAAUGUGACGACCGACGGACGAGAGCAUGGCGGGCUCUUGUUGUUCUGUCUGAACCAUCCUGUUCAGUUUGUACAAGUUGUGGGGGUGGUCGUGGUCUUGGAAGACUACUUUGAAAAGUUCUGGUUGUUUACUGUGGACGAUAGCAGUGGUGCAACCAUUGAUGUCUGUUGCCCCAAGGCAGAGAAAAAGGACAAUCAAAAAGGUGCCACCACCCCGGGCUCAGAGGGCAGGGAAACGAACGCUCCAGCUCGAGCAAACGCAUUACAAGAUGAUCAGGGCCAAACCGAAGACGUCGAUGUGGCUGCCCAACGCACCCUUCAUGGUAACCUUGCUCUUCUACAGAUUGGGACGGUGGUGCAGGCCAAGGGAGUCAUCACGACAUUCCGAUCCGUUCGCCAAAUACGCCUGCUCCGUCUCUCUAUCGUGCCCGAUACCACCCAUGAACUCAAACUGAUUUCCUCCCGCAGCCAAUUCUUAUCUAGCACCCUCUCCAAGCCAUGGGAGUUGUCCCGCCAGAAACAAAAGGCAAUGUUGCAGGAGGCGCAGGGGGAACAUGAGGGAAAGAAUGAACGGGAGAAAAGACGACGAGAAAGACGAAGGAUGCUGCAAGAGAGGGAGGAGAGACAUGCCAGACGGAUCCGACGAGAGUACGAAAGAGAAGAGGAGGAGAGGAGAAAUGGUGCGGAGGAGGCUCGGUUGGCUGCAGAGGAGAUGGUGAGGAAGAGAGACCAAAUGGCUGGUCAGAGGCUGCUCUGGCGAGCUUACCAGGUCAUCCAAACCCCCAACGACAUCUUGGUCGAGAAACUCGGUCUGGACAUCCCACCCUCUCCUCUCCUCACUCUCGAGGCGAUAUCCUCAUCCGAGGUUCAAAUCACCUGGAAACAUGUCGAAUCCCCUUCUUCCGUCUCCGAAUAUCAUGUCGAAGUCAAUGGCAGGGUCAUCGGAACUACUCGAAAAACAGAGACCGGCGCUGUGAUAUCCAACCUGGUUCCCGGUGCAAAAUAUGACAUCCGCAUUUUUUGUGUCAGUGUUGGAAAUUUCCAAACUCCAAGUGCGCCUUUGCGCAUCAAAAUUCCUCACGAUUCUUCUGCCUCAUCCCAAGAUGGUUCUUCCGAGGUCACUCCUACCGUUCGCGCAAUCUCCGUCCGAAACCCUCUCAUCGUCACCCCAGCUUCCGCGCCUGCCAUGACCCGAGAGCUCAGUGGAGGCCAACCGCUCGGAAGGAGGGGCACCACCGGUCGCAGACCUUCCCCUGCAAAUCACGUCACCGACUCACAACAGGCCCAGGAUUCGGGAACGAGAAAUGGUGAGGUGGAAGUGGACAACGAUCUCGUUGAAUUGUCAGCAACAUUUCAAAAGAUCCAGCAGGAGACUGAAGCCAUCGAAGCGCAGACAGAAGAGGAGGAGAUCGAAUACCAGGCCCAAUUGAAGGAGCUGGAGGCCCGCCGGGAUGACUUGAAGCAGCAACUCAAGGAGCGGGACGAAAUCAGCAAUGACUUGCGAAAACAAGUCCACAAGGCCGAAACCGCCAACCGCACCGCACAAAACGAGAGAACAAAGAAACAGCGCAUCCUGGAAAAGAAGGAUUCGGAGCGCAGAAAGCGAAAGGACGAAGUGGAGAAAUGGAAGGACCAGAUCGCCAUCAUGAAGGAAGAAAUGGCGGGAAUCGAGACUCAACGCUCCGCCAUUGAGCGUAGAACGCAAACCGAGCUGAGGGAAAUCCGCAAAAAGAUCGAGGAAGAGCAAAAGGAAGUAGCCAUGCUCGAGGAGGACAACAAGGAGAAAGCUCGCAAUAUCAAGGCCUUGGAGGAGGAGCGCCAACAACUCAACGUCGAGGAUGAGACCGAUGAGUCGAGGGAAGCCGACCGACUUCAGCGGGAGCGGACUGCGAGGUGGCGUGUUCGCUACGAUGCCCUCAAUCAGCAGUACAGUCGGCUUUGGGCAGAAUUGCAAUUCACCAACCAGCAGGCUAACUACACCCGCGAACAAAUCACCGCCAUUCAGACUCGUAGGGCGAAUUCGCUGGCUUUUGCUCCUAUGCCUCCUCUAGACAUGGAUGCCGUCCGUCGUGGUCUACGUCCCAUCCGACGACCACGGCAUCCUGGAUCUCACGGCAGCAGUAUUUCUUCUCCACGUGGGCCAUUCGUGGGUCCUGAACCAUUCCAGGCUGCACCGCCAUACACUUCAGCGCCAGGUGCCUCUCCUACCAUUAUCGGGCCAAGUUAUUUCAAUCCCCAGAAUGGCAUGACGUUGGUGCUUCCACAGGAUAUGCCUACUUCGACUGGGGAUGAUAUCGAGGCAAUAAGCUCAAUCCCAAUGAGUCCUAGAGCAGACUCAUUGCUGCCAGCAGAUCUACUGGGCGACGAGUCGGCCGACGAGCUACCUGACACGGAGGUCCUCGACCUCCCUCCUCCCAACCUCGAAACAACCACGUUGCCCUUUCCAACAGUCGGGUCCCCAACUUUGGCCGAGCCUCGACAUGUCGAAACUCCGUCUGCAGGUUCAUCCUCUGGUCGAUCUUUCUCUAGCCCUUUGCAAACCUCCGCUCCUGCUCAAGUUGUAGAGGCUGACGAGAAGUCUUCGACCUCUGAAGAGAAGGAGGAGGAUAUCAUUUUGCAGCAGCCCCCAAAACCCAAAUAUUCCAUGUCGUCCAUGUUCGGCCUGAGUCGGCAACGCGGUAAGACUCUUGCUGACCAACCCCCGCUUCUCGGAUCUCUCAAGCCUGGUCAGAGUCAGUCCUUUCCUCGCAACAUGGAUGAAUUUGAUCCAGCCUCACAGCCUAGGAGGCGUCUCAGCUAUGGAGGCAACUGGGCAUUCCCUGGAACGCUGUUACGAUCCAAUGGUGGGACAGAUGAGAAAGACCAGGAAAAUCCACGGUUAGGUCCUAGUCGGAGACCAUUUCUCUUUCCAGGAUUUGGGAAGUCGGCAACAGCUACGGCUAGUUAUGAUCCAUUUGCGGCGAGGUCGGGAUCUUUUGAUCCUGGUCUACGUGGAGAUACUUCUUCUCCCAGACCAUCGUCCACUUAUUCCUUCGACAAGAUGCCUCGACCGUCGAUGGAAAGUCAGUUCCGUGCCUGGGCCAGCGAGAAACCACCAAUUCGCAAUAGUCCUCUAGCACCUGACUGGGGAUCAUUGCAUUCUUUUUCUCGGAGCCAUUCCCGACGGCCAUCCGUGGUGUAUGGGUCAACCAGCAAUCUUUCAUUGCCUCAUGGUGAUGAAGAAGUGGUUGAAGAUAGAAAGCCGUCCCGACCUCUUCAGGCACCCAUUGGUACACGCCCUGCUUCAUCUCAGCAGCAGGCUACACCCAAAUUGAACCCCGCAGCUCCUUCAUUCACCAUGUUCUUCGGCAAGAAAGGUGAGAAGAUUAAGGAUAAAGAAAAAUCUCGCGCCAAGGACUCGAGGGAAAGGGUGGGUGAUCUGGAGACCAAUUCCCCUCCAGAAUCUAGGAAAUCAAGGGACACCCAGUCAAUCGCGGCGACAAUUUCCACGGUUGAGUCCGAGCCACUGGACCGGACCAUGUCUGCGACAAGUGCACAAAUCUCGGUGGACAGUACUCCUGUCAAACCCACAUUCAUCUCCAAGAUUACGCGGAAAGCCAGUUCUAACAAAUUUGGAUCGUGGAAGGAUAAAAGUGGUGGGCUCUUCUCAAGAAAAGACCCGGCUGCACCCAAUGGCGAGAACGAGGAGGAGCAGGGAUCUAGUGAGUACCUGGGCAAGAGCAUGGAAAGCAUUGCGACGACACCAGGCACUGAUGAUAAGAAAAGCACACGCUCAGGGUUGAGUAAUUGGAAUUUCAUGCGUAAGAGCAAGAAAGGAACCAAGGAAGACUUGACUGCGAGUGAAAUCAGUGAAAGUAGCGAACGAACCAGCGAGGCUGGCGACGGAAGAGAUGAGGAUGAUCAAUGA